CCAUAGCCGUGCACUUUCCCAGAGAGAAAGCGAUUUGAGAGGGAGAGAGAUGAGACGAGGGGAGAGGGAGAGAACUCCCUACAUACGAGUUCAUCACUCCACCACUAAUAAUUCGCCGUCGUCGACUCACCAUUUGCUAUGAUCUACUCCUAUAAAGCCAGCAGACUGCGCAACUUCUGGCUGGAAUUCGUUUAGAACGAAAGCCGAUCACGCGCGUACGUGGAAGCAGAGGCCAAGCCAUGCCAGCCAUGUACGCGCUGACCCCCCGCUGCACCCUCCCGCCGCACCGCCGGGCGCCGCCGCCGUGCCGGGCGGCCUCGCCGACGCCGGCGGCGCUGGCCCGCGCCGACCCGGACGAGCUGCGGUCCACGUGGCCGCAGCGCGCGUGGACGCUGGCCGGCUCGGCGGCCGUCCUCUCCUCGCUGUCCGCGUCCGCCUCCCUCGCCGCUGACUCCGGCUCCUACGCCGAGCCGCUCGCCGCCGCGCUCGCCGCCUACACCGUCGCCGACCUCGCCACGGGCGUCUACCACUGGCUCGUCGACAACUACGGGGACGCCUCCACGCCGCUCGUCGGCGCGCAGAUCGCCGCCUUCCAGGGCCACCACCGCCACCCCUCCACCAUCACGCGCCGGGAGCCCUGCAACAACCUGCACGCGCUGGCGCGCGCCGUGGCGCUCGCGCUCCCCGCCGUGGAGGCCGCGGCCGCGGCCGCCCACGCGCCGGCCGCCGCGCACGCCUUCGCGGGCACCUUCGCGGCGUGCGUGGUGCUGAGCCAGCAGUUCCACGCGUGGGCGCACGAGAAGCGCCGCCGGCUGCCGCCCGGCGUCGAGGCGCUGCAGGCCGCCGGCGUGCUGGUGUCGCGCGCGCAGCACGCCGCGCACCACCUCCAGCCCUACAGCACCAACUACUGCAUCCUCAGCGGCGUGUGGAACGGGGUGCUGGACAGGCACAAGGUGUUCGAGGCGCUGGAGAUGGUCGUCUUCUUCCGCACCGGCGUCCGCCCGCGCUCAUGGGACGAAACGCAGGCCGCCUGGAUGGAGGACACCGGCAGCGCCGCCGCCGUCGCUCUGACUGACAGUUCGUAACAUACAUCGAGCAUCUUUUUUGAGUGAUGGCCUGUACAUACAUACUACGGUUCAAAAGGUAUACAGAGGAUGAACUGGGAUUGAAUGGAUUCAAGUAAACGAGUUUAGCUAGGUGGGAAAAUAUAAAUAUUUAAUGUAUAUUUUAGGUUGGUUUUGAGGAUGCAAAUCUUGUGGUGUAUGCAAAGAGAAAAGAAUUCUUUACAAUUGAAAAUGUGAUGAUUUUUCAUGGUCU